AGUGUUCAACAAUCGUUUUCCAGUUGGUUGUACACGUUUAUACAACUAGAAGAUACAUCAAGAUGCGGUUUAUGUUGGCCGCAACUCUGGUUCUUGUCAUUAUUAUAACGGUUGUUGAUGCGGGUAGAAGACACAGGGUACGAAAUGGAAUCCGUCGUAGAUAUUCUUAUGGACGUCAACUGUUUAUGUGGAGACGGUACCACCAACGUCGGACACUGAAACAGAUAAGUUGCAACCAAAUUAGAAGAUCGCAGGUUUGCAGCAGAUGCUGUGCUGUUGAUGGCAAUUGGGGCCCAUGGUCUAGAUGUAAUGCUUGCUCUGUAACAUGCGGUAAUGGAACACAGAGCAGAUAUAGAUCUUGUGAUAAUCCUGCUCCAGCUUAUGGUGGAAUUGAUUGUCAUGGUGAUGGUAAUGAAACAAGAAGCUGUAACACGAUGAUUGACUGUCCUGUUGAUGGUAAUUGGAGGCCAUGGUCUGAUUUUAAUUCAUGUUCUGUAACAUGUGGUAAUGGAACUCAGAGCAGAUCUAGAACUUGUGAUAAUCCUGCUCCAGUUUAUGGUGGAGCUGAUUGUCAUGGUGAUGGUAAUGAAACAAGAAGCUGUAACACGAUGAUUAACUGUCCUGUUGACGGUAAUUGGGGAACAUGGUCGGAGUUUAGUACGUGUUGUUCUGUAUGUGGUGUUGAACAGAAAAGGAGUAGAGUAUGUGACAAUCCUCCUCCAGAGAUUGGUGGAGCUAACUGUCCUGGUGGUUCUGUAGAAAUAAGGAGCUGUGACAGUAACGAUUGCUUGGAUAAUGUAUCAAGUUCUCUAUGUGCGAACCAGUCUUUGGAAGUCUUAGUCGCUGUUGAUGUUUCUGCUAAUAUAACGGAUGAGGAGGUUGGACAGGAAAGGGAUUUAUUACAGAAACUUUAUAGUGAACUGAGAAUUGAUGGUAUUGCUAGGCGCUUCGGAUUCGUCGCUCAUGGUGGGGCAGCGUCUACUUCGGAUCUCAAUAUCCUCACUUUAGGCAGUGGAACUACCGCUACCCAGAAGUUACGUAUCUCUCAAAUUAACAAACUAGGAGGAAUGCCAUUAUUAAAUUCCGCCUUGUACGUGAUUAUCAAUGAUUUUGAAUAUUAUGGAAGGCCAGGUAUUCGACGAAUUGCUAUUGUGAUAAAAGCUGCUGAGACAACCCCAAUAAGGAAAUCAAGCUCCUUUGCUACCGGGGGGACGACAGAUGAUUUAAUUAUGUACUACACUAUUGGUAUUGGCGCCAUUAACACGGGAUCCAGUCAACUAAACGAAACAGCUACCCAACUAGAACGGCUGAUCUGCUUCUGUGAUAAAUAAAAUAAAAUAAAGUCUCAUUUACUGUGGCUCAGUCA